GGUACAAAUUGGUGUCAAUACUGAUCAAUACGCAUAAUUACGUAUGAAUAUAACGUGAUUAAAAGCGGUUAAAGAUUAAUCUUAUUUUUUUACAAAAUGUCAGCUAAAAUAAAAAACAAAGUACUUGUAUACGAAGGUAGUAAUUAUCUCAGAUAUCGCCUAUUAUUAUCCACAUUAUCUGGAAAGCCAGUAAAAAUUACAAAUAUUAGGACAAAAAAUGAUGAUCCUGGUCUUAAAGAAUAUGAGAUUAGUUUUAUCCGUCUGUUGGAUAAAAUGACUAAUGGUACAAAAAUUGAAUUAAAUGAAACUGGUACCAGUAUAUAUUACAAUCCUGGUUUAUUACAUGGAGGUGAAUUGGAACAUGAUUGUAGCUUGCAAAGGGGUAUUGGUUAUUAUUUGGAAGCAAUUAUGAUACUUGCUCCAUUUUGUAAAAGUCGUAUUGAUUUGAAGCUCAGAGGGGUGACCAAUAAUACGAUAGAUCUAUCAGUGGACAGAAUUCAGACUGCUGGUAUACCAAUACUGAAAAAAUUUCUAACAGGUGACAAUGAAGUUAUAUUAGAUAUUCGCAAAAGAGGAGUAGCCCCUUUGGGAGGUGGAGAAGUACAAUUUAAAUGUCCUAUUAAUCGUAACCUUAAAACUAUUCAGUUGGAAGAUAGUGGAAUGGUGAAACGUAUUAGGGGUACAGCAUGUAGCAUAAGAGUUUCUCCAGCAAUUGCUAAUCGUAUUGUUGAAUCAGCAAAAAGUGUUCUUCUUAAGUUUUUACCAGAUGUAUAUAUUUAUGCAGACCAUUGUAAAAGAUCAAUUAGUGGAAAGUCUCCUGGUUUUGGGGUGACAUUGACAGCGGAAACUACUAAAGAAGUAUUUUUUAGCGGACAAGCAUUCUCUCCAUUAAUGACAACAGGUUCAUUGCCAUGUGUACCUGAAGAUCUUGGUAAAGAAGCUGCAAUCAAACUUUUAGAUGAAAUUUACAGGAAUGGAUGUAUAGAUUCGGUUUUUCAAAGUAUGACUGCUGCAUUUAUGGCUCUUGGCAAAAAGGAUGUUUGUAAAGUUAUAAUAGGACCAUUAACUCCAGCAAUGAUACAAUUUCUACGCGAUUUACGGGACUUCUUUGGAGUUACCUUCAAGAUAGAACAAAUCAAGGAAAGAGAAGAUGAAACAUUAUCGCAACAGAAUGAGGAGGAUUUACCAUACGAAGAAGAAAUUUUACGAAAUCCAUAUUCAGUCAAACAUUGGCAACGGUAUAUUGAUCAUCUUAAAAGUACAAACAGUAAGAAUUUAAAUGUGGUAUACGAACGAGCAUUAAAAGAACUUCCGGGCAGUUACAAGCUAUGGUAUAAUUAUCUUCGACAACGUGUGAGUCAACUAAAAGGUCGAUGUAUAAUAGAUCCAUUGUACGAAGAUGUUAAUAAUGCAUUUGAACGAGCUUUAGUAUUUAUGCAUAAAAUGCCACGUAUAUGGAUGGAUUAUUGUACCCUAAUGACUGAAGAAUGUUAUAUAACACGAACGCGUCAAGUAUUUGAUCGGUCUCUUAGAGCGCUUCCUAUUACGCAGCAUCAUCGUAUAUGGCCAUUAUAUAUUCAUUUUUUAAAGAAACAUAAUGUAUAUGAGACUGCUGUUAGAGUCUUUAGAAGAUACUUAAAGCUAGCACCAGAAGAUACAGAAGAAUAUAUUGAAUAUUUAAUAUCAAUUGAAAGACUUGAUGAGGCUGCUGUGAAACUUGCACAGAUCGUCAACCAAGACGAUUUUGUAUCAAAGCACGGAAAGUCUAAUCAUCAACUAUGGAAUGAAUUAUGCGAUUUAAUAUCAAAAAAUCCUUCAAAGAUAAAGUCUUUGAAUGUAGAUGCUAUUAUUAGAGGCGGUUUAAGACGUUAUACAGAUCAAUUGGGACCUUUAUGGAAUUCAUUAGCAGAUUAUUACGUACGAAGUGGCCUCUUUGAAAGGGCGAGGGAUAUUUAUGAAGAAGCUAUACAGACAGUUACUACUGUCAGAGAUUUUACACAAGUUUUCGACGCUUAUGCACAAUUUGAAGAACUUAGUCUUAAGAAACUCAUAGAAGAAGCAGCAAGAAAUCCUACUGAAGAAGAUGACAUAAAGUUAGAAUUGAGACUGGCGCGAUUGGAACAUCUCAUGGAAAGGAGACUAUUGUUACUCAAUUCUGUGUUGUUACGACAAAAUCCACACAAUGUAGCAGAAUGGCAUAAAAGAGUAAAACUUUAUGAAGGGCAACCACAUGAGAUAAUUAAUACAUAUACAGAAGCAGUUCAGACAGUGCAACCACAGUUAGCAGUUGGUAAACUAUACACAUUGUGGGUUGCGUUUGGCAAAUUUUAUGAGGAAAAUGGACAAAUAGAAGAUGCUAGAGUAGUAUUUGAAAAAGCAACUCUUGUACCAUAUACCAAAGUAGACGAUCUUGCUUCAGUAUGGUGUGAAUGGGCGGAAAUGGAAAUUAGACAUGGGAACUGCAAAGAAGCUUUAAAACUCAUGCAUCGUGCCACUACAAUGCCAGCUAGAAAAGUAGCAUAUCAUGAUGAAACAGAAACGGUACAAGUGAGAUUAUACAAAUCUUUAAAAGUAUGGUCCAUGUAUGCAGAUUUGGAAGAAAGUUUCGGUACAUUUAAGACUUGUAAAACAGUAUAUGACAAAAUAAUCGAUUUGAAAAUCGCAACUCCUCAAAUUAUCAUCAAUUAUGGACUGUUUUUGGAAGAAAAUAAUUACUUUGAGGAAGCAUUUAGGGCAUAUGAAAAAGGUAUUGCGCUGUUUAAGUGGCCUAAUGUUUAUGACAUUUGGAAUACGUACCUCACAAAAUUUUUAAAACGUUACGGUGGUACAAAACUAGAACGUACAAGAGAUCUGUUUGAGCAAUGUUUAGAAUAUUGUCCACCAAAGUAUGCCAAAGCUUUAUAUUUGUUGUAUGCAAAGCUAGAAGAAGAACAUGGUUUAGCAAGACAUGCCAUGUCUGUAUAUGAACGUGCGACGAAUGCUGUCCUCCCAGAAGAAAGAUUCGACAUGUUCAAUAUAUAUAUUAAGAAAGCUGCCGAUAUAUAUGGUGUACCAAAAACUCGGCAAAUAUAUGAAAAGGCUAUAGAAGUCUUGAAUGAUGACAACACAAGAGAAAUAUGUUUACGAUUUGCAGAAAUGGAAACCAAAUUAGGAGAAGUAGAUAGAGCGAGAGCGAUAUAUGCGCAUUGUAGCCAAAUAUGUGAUCCAAGGGUCACGUCCAACUUUUGGCAAAUUUGGAAAGAAUUUGAAGUCAGACAUGGAAAUGAGGACACAAUGCGUGAAAUGCUUCGAAUCAAACGUAGCGUGCAAGCUAUGUAUAAUACUCAAGUAAACAUGAUGUCCGCACAAAUGUUGAAUAAUGCAUCCAAUCAAAUAUCAGAUGUUACGCUGGAUGCUAUGCGUUUAUUAGAUAGUAAAAUUACAUCAAAUGCAGACAAUGCUGCUGAUGUCAAAGGAGUUAUCAAAUUUGUACGUGGUGUAACAGAAAAAGAUGGGAAACCAGAAUCUCAUGUGAAUAAUCCAGAUGAGAUUAAUAUUGACAUAGAUGACGAAAAUGAUAAUGAUGUAGAAAUAGAAGAAAUAGAAGAAGAUGUACCGAUUGAGAAACAGACUAUACCAUCACAAGUAUUUGGUAGUUUAAAAGCAGUCCAAACUGAAGAGGAUUGAGAUUUUAAUAAGAUAGCAUUAUGGUUAAAUAAUAUCUAUAAUAUUUAUAUGUAGCAACUAUAUUGCUAUACAGGGUGUUUUUUAUAUAGCGGAUACUAAUCGUAUAGCACUAU